AAUGCGCGAAUAUCUAACUAGAAGCUGGUUUUACCACGGUGAAGUGAGGAUGGAGCGCACUCCACGCACGCACAUGUACACAAAAGGUGACGUCAGGACGCUUCAUCCGGUGUUUGUUUACGCGCGUCUCCGGUGUGUACGAGAUGGAAACAUGGCAAUGAAAAUUAACCAAAACGAUGUCCAGAUGCCACAACAAGAAGAGGGGGAGAAAGAAGAAGACCGGUCGAUGUCUAGAUCUGACAGAUCACUGCAGGUGAAGAGGAAAAGUAGUGGCAGUGGAGAUGAUUCUCUGGGCAGUCUUCCGAAACACCCCCGCUGCCCUCUGACCCCCUCACUGUCUCCACGGAAACGGACCACCAGCCAGAGCAAGACUGAGCCACCUCUCUUGAGGACCAACAAGAGGACAAUCUACACUGCAGGAAGGCCCCCCUGGUACAAUGUCACUGGGACCACCUUCAAAGAGGCUUUCGUUAUUGGCCUCUGUGGAGGAAGUGCUUCUGGAAAAACCACGGUGGCCAAUAAGAUCAUCGAGGCUCUAGAUGUUCCCUGGGUGGUCCUCCUCUCCAUGGACUCUUUCUAUAAGGUUUUGACCAAAGAUGAGCAGGAGCUGGCAGCUAAGAAUGAGUAUAACUUUGAUCACCCAGAGGCCUUUGACUUUGAGUUGCUGGUGACUGUUCUGAGGAAGCUGAAGAAGGGCAAGAGCAUCAAAGUACCCGUCUACGACUUCACUUCUCACUGCCGUCGCAAGGAGUGGAAAACUGUCUACGGUGCCAAUGUUGUCAUAUUUGAGGGGAUUCUGGCGUUUGCCAACAAGGAGCUUUUGAAGCUGCUGGACAUGAAGGUGUUUGUGGACACCGACUCGGACAUCCGUCUGGUCAGGCGGCUGAAGAGGGACAUAUCGGACCGCGGCCGGGACAUCAACGGGGUCAUCAAGCAGUACAACAAGUUUGUCAAGCCGUCCUUUGAGCAGUACAUCGAACCCACCGUGCAGGUGGCGGAUAUUGUGGUCCCCAGGGGGGGCGAGAACUUUGUUGCCUUGGAUCUGAUUGUGCAGCAUGUUCACAGUCAGCUUGAGAAGAGGAAGCUCCGCUGGGAUAUGUCUGCUCUGGCCUCGGCCCACCAGGGACAGCCCCUACCCAAGACCCUCAGCGUCUUGGAGAGCACCCCACAGGUCCGCGGCAUGCACACCAUCAUCAGGAAUAAGGACACUAAUCGUGAUGAGUUCAUCUUCUACUCUAAGAGGUUAAUGAGGCUCCUGAUAGAACAUGCCCUCUCCUUUCUGCCCCUCAAGCCUGUGCAAGUGGAGACUCCCCAAGGUUCCAUCUAUGAAGGGAAGAGACUCAGUGGUAAAAGGAUCACAGGUGUGUCCAUACUGAGAGCAGGGGAGACCAUGGAGCAGGCGCUGAUGCAUGUGUGUAAAGACAUUAGGCUGGGGAAGAUCCUCAUCCAGACCAACCAUGACACUGGAGAGCCUGAGCUCCACUACCUGCGUCUGCCUAAGGACAUCAGUGAGGACUAUGUCAUCUUGAUGGACAGCACUGUGUCCACUGGGGCUGCUGCUCUCAUGGCCGUCCGAGUGCUGCUGGACCAUGAUGUCCAGGAGGAUAAAAUCUUCCUGUUGUCUCUACUGAUGGCUGAGAUGGGCGUCCACUCUGUGGCCUACGCCUUCCCUAAGGUCCGCAUUAUCACCACCGCCGUCGAUAAGAAGGUCAACAACGAGUUUCACAUCAUUCCUGGCAUUGGUAAUUUCGGGGACCGUUACUUUGGGACGGACACUCCCUCGGACUGGACCGAGAGUGAUUAAAGGAUGGACUGCUGAGGGGGAAGUAGGGGGGGGGGGGUAUCACACAAGCACUUAGCCAUGCCAGCCAACCACUGAUCAGCUCCUAAGAGCUAAAGAUUCCCCCUCAGUCAGCGCCCCUCUGCUGCUUAUCAUUUCAUGAUGUCCUGGGCACUGCCCCUGUGCCAACUCUACCCUCUCUGAUCAGGGUGAAAGGUCAUAAGGCUACCUACCCUCCUGAGGAGGAAAUGUGAUAUUAGCCUAGCUUUGCUAGCGAUGCCCAUUAGCCCAUACAUAUCUAUCUAUCCACUGAUAAAAAAUACUUGAUUUGUGAUUUUGCUUGUUUGAUUUUUGUUGACUCAGCAGGACCUGUAAAGUUGGAGAAAGAAUCAAGAGAAAUAAAAAGCCUCUUUUGGGUUGAAGGAUUACUAUUUUCUAGUCCUUUUGAUGUUUUCCUGUUGAGUUGACCCAUAGAAAUAGUUAAUAUGACAAAUCACACCACAGUAUGAAAUCAGGGAAGAUGAGAGUAGGACAGUCUGUGGCUGUUAGCGCCAGAUCUCAGCUGUGCUUGAAUAACGUGUGAAUAUAAUGGUGAUGACCAUUGUUAUGCACAGGGAGACUUUGUUUUAUAACUGAGAGGAGCAAGUUACAGACUGAGGGUACAAUGGACCAGGUAGGUAGUGAAAAUAUAAGGUCGUAUAGCUCAUGGGUAGCUUUAAGCUCAACAUAGCCUUAGUAUUACUUAAUAUACAUCUAUGGACAUUAUGGACUGUCCUCUCUGGAGAUUGUGUGCUGUUGCCUUAGCUGUGACAAAAGUCUCGUGCAAAAAAAAAAGUUUUUUUUAUGGUUUAAGAUGAUUGGCUUUUUUUAACAUUAUUUAGUACUUGAGGCUGUUUUUAUUAUAAGGAUUUUAUUUGGUUUCCUCUCACUAAUAUAUAUUAUAGGUUGGUUGAUGCAGAAAAUUAUUUUUUUAAACUUUGCAGCCAUUUCUCUGGGUAAUAAAUAAAAUGUUAUUGCAUGCUUCAUAAACAACAGGUGUAGACUAACAGCUUACUUACAGGCUCUUCCCAACAA